AUGAACUCUGCUGAAUCCGAUAUUACCGCAGGCACUGAGCCACCCGUGCCCUCUCAAGCUGACGAUCAAGUUGAGAAAAUGGAUCAAUCAGGUAGCGCAGCCCCCAUUUUACGCGGCCCCCCAUCGUGUACCUUUUCUUCGGCUCCGCUGCCAGUUCUCGAGAAACUUCUGUUCGAAGACGACGAUAGUGGACCAGAACUGUUUGACAUCACUGACUUGGUUACCAUUGUCCCAGCGCAGAAACUAGAAGAGCUAAUUUUAUCGCCAGAUCUUUAA